AUGGGGGUAGAAGUGCAGAUGCGGGGCGACGGGCGGCGGCCCGACAAGAAGUUGUGGGGCGACGGGCGGCGGCCUGACGAGAAGCUGCGCGGCGACGGGCGGCGGCCCGACAAGAAGAUGCGGGGCGACAGGCGGCGGCCCGACGAGAAGCUGCGGGGCAACGGGCGGCGGCCCGACGGGAAGCUGCGGGGCGACCGGCGGCGGCCCGACAAGAAGAGCUGCAGCCUUGACUUCACACCCCCUGGGUCCUGCACCAUUCUUCUCAUCACCACCUGA